AACAACUUUUAGUACUGUUUUUUCGAGUUGCCCUAGACACGUGGUGCUUCAUGAGCCAGCCACCGUACUGCCGUUAUCAUUAUCGUUUCCUGCUCUCCUUCCCAGCAAGGAGAAACGUCUCAGUUAACUAAAAAAAACCAAGUUAGAGAGAGAAACUCAGAGAGAGAGAGAAAGAGAGAAUUUCACUAUCGCUUAUCUUCAUGGAAGCUGAACACGUGUGGCGCGUGGGAGCGUGUAACAGAAACUCUACUCUCAAUAACGAUAACAAUAUCUUCAACGGAAUAAUGCUCCGUUUUCGUCCGAUCGCACCGAAGCCUGUCACCGGAAAUUCAUCCACCACCGGAGAACUAACUCCGACAAACACCGCAUCAUCACUUCCAGGUAAAAGAACUAAGAGAAAGUACGUUAGAAUUCGUAGAAACAACGGUUACGUGAAAAAGAAUAACUGUAAUAAAUCACCGGAAAAAGUUGUUGAAACUACCGAGGAUAUGAAUAACGUAGCGGCGGUUGUUACUUUACAGUUGAUGCCGGAAAAAGAAACUCCUCUCGCCGGUGAUUCGUGGUGUAAAAACGUUGAUCUUAAUCUAACGGUUGAAAAUAUUCAGAUCUUGGAUAAUCCAAAUCCGAAUCAAGAUCUGGAAAAGGAAAACGUUAGAAAUUUUUUAGAUCUGAUACCGACGGCGGAGAAAGUGGUGGUUGAGUCUUGGAUAACGGUGGAGAGCGUGACAGGCACGUGCAUGAGUGAAGAAGGAGAAAGAGUUUCACGUUGUACGGACGUUGAGAAAAUGAAGAUUCUAGAAACGGACACGUGUCCGUGUUUUGUAACAGACGGUUACAGUAGAGUUUUUUGGGUGAACGACGGUUACAAGAAGAUGGUAUUAAACGACGUGAGUAAAGAGAUUGAAGUUGUCGUUUGGUUGAAGGUGAAGGAGAGUGUUGCAUGGUGUUAUUCUUACCCAGCGUUUACCUGUGGUGUGAGAUUACAGUACACGUGGCGUAAUGAAAAGUGUUUAAAAAUGGUUCCUUGUGAUGUUUGGAGAUUAGAGUGUGGUGGGUUUGCAUGGAGAUUAGACGUUAAAGCUGCUCUUAGUUUGGGUCUUUGAGAAUUCACAAAAUCAUAGACAUAUAACAAUAAUAAUAUCGAAUUAAUAUCUAUAUCUAUAUUGAUAUCUAUAUCUAUAUAUAAAUAUAUGGAUAGUACCUAGCUCAUGGUGUUCUAUGGAUUAAGGAAGGAGCAAGCUAAGCUAAGGCCUUCUACACUCUCUCCCACAACACUACUCGUGGAUAGGUAUUAUUCAAGUUAAAGUUUUCUAGUAUUGUUUGAAGAAACUUUAGUAGAAUGUCUAAAAAGGUGUGAGAAUGUGUCUAUGAUGAGUGUUUCACUAUAAACUAAGUGGUUAUUGUUGAUAUCUAUUAUGCACGAUGCAGCAGCUGCAAAAUUAUUAAAACUGAAUGCAACGUUGAAUCAAUGAAGAUUCAAUAAUUGUAUGUAUUUAGAUUCUCCGCAGUUGUUAUGUUAUUAUAGACAAUAUAGAGUUGUUGGAUUUGAAUUUAGAGAACGUAAAAUAUUUAAUUUAAUUUCUCUAUUUUAAAUUUAUUGACUCUAUAUUGACUACAGUUGUAUAUGUAGUUGUAUAACUGGACAACUGUUGUUGUAGAGAAUCUAAAUCCAUAACUGUGUAGAUAAUAUGUGUCAUAAACUUAAGGGUUCGUGGAUUAAGGAAGAUAAAGAGAGGUUUGUUUGGUCAUCUUUUGGUAGAUGGGAGUGUUGAAAAGUAAUUAGGGAUUGGAAGCUAUAAUAACACAUGCGAAGUGGUGAAACUUAAAAGGUACUUCUAUUACUAUUGAUACAUGCCAUAUGUCUAUGUGACUAUUGGUUUAGUUUAAAGUGUGUAAUAACUAUUAUUGUCGCUCUAAGACUUUGAGACUAAUUGUAUGAUAUUGCAUGAUAAUGACUUACUUAGCUUAUCUAAUCUAUCUAAUGUAUGAUAAUAAUUGUAUAUACACAUAGUUUUUUUAAAUAAGCGUUUAUAUACCUAGCUAGAGAGAGUGUACUGAUUAGAGUAGAGAGUAUAUAUAGCUCAUAUAAAAAAGAGGAAGAA